AUGUCUGAAGAAUGGGGUAUGGUCCAAGUAGCGGCUACAAGGCUGGGAGUUGGUGAAAAGUACUUUCCUGGACAGCUACCUGGAGAAAAAGUUGAAAAUAUUGACAAAAAUAUUGGCUACUUGUCCCCCAUCGGUAAAAUAACGGGUCGAGUUCUGUUGACUAGGUAUCGACUAAGGUUUGAAGGUAGCGAUGAGAUAUGCCAAUUUGAUGUUCCAUUAGGGUUCAUUUCAAAGGUAGAAAAAGUGGGACACUCAACAGUUAGCCGAGGUGAACAUGCGUACGGGAUUCUUAUUUCAUGUAAGGAUAUGCGACAUCUUCGGUUCACCUGCCAGCCUGCUACUCAUAGCAGGAGGCCGCUUUUUGAUGCUUUGCUUCGAUACGCAUUUCCUGUGACUAACAAACUGCCGUUAUAUGCAUUUUUGUACGCUCAAGCACUGCGAGAAUCAUCUCCUGUUACUGGAUCUAAAACAGUGGUAGACGGUUGGACCAUCUACGACGCUAAGAUGGAGCUGAAAAGAAUGGGUGUUCCGAAUGAGCAAUGGGUGAUCACUCAACUGAACUACAACUAUGAUUUUGCGGACACGUAUCCACGAGUGCUCUCUAUACCUGCUACGGUAGAAGCGAGAGGUCGUGAAUUCAUCGAACGAGUUGGCGAACACAGGAGUCGUCAGCGCAUCCCGGUUCUGAGCUGGUUGCAUCCAGAAACACAGGCAUCAAUAACUCGUUGUUCCCAACCAUUGUCAGGGAUGACCAAUAGGAGGUGUCCCGAUGACGAGUGGUUUUUGAAGCAAAUUGUGUCCGCAAAUGCGCAUACCCAUCAGCUGCUGAUAUUCGAUGCUCGCCCAAUCGUUAAUGCCAAGGUGAAUAAAGCCAAAGGAGGUGGUUAUGAAGAGUCAUACGAUCAGUGUCAUCUCCUUUUUCUCAACAUUCACAACAUCCAUGUAGUUCGAGAAUCGCUACGAAAGUUGAAGGACUGUUUGUUCCCCCGUGUUGAUGAAAAGAACUAUCUAAAACUGGUAGACGAGUCGAAAUGGCUUACUCACAUACAGUCUAUCAUUGAGGGUGCUGUCCAAAUUGUUUCUGAGGUUGAACGAAAUCGGAAUUCUGUACUUGUGCAUUGCUCGGAUGGCUGGGAUCGUACUGCUCAGUUGACCUCUCUUGCCAUGAUCCAACUUGAUCCAUACUAUCGCACAAUCAAAGGCUUUGCAGUACUGAUCGAAAAAGAAUGGUGUAGUUUUGGUCACAAAUUCGCGCACAGAGUCGGACAUGGAGAAGACAAGCCAUCGGACGGCGAAAGAUCACCGGUUUUCGUGCAGUUCAUUGACUGUGUAUGGCAACUUAUGAAUCAGUACGAGUGUCAUUUCGAAUUCAACUCUUUCCUUUUAACCACGAUUUUGGAUGAACUGUAUGCAUGCAAGUACGGUACAUUCUUGUUCAACAGUGAAAAACAACGGAUGGACAACAAAUGCAUGAAAGAAACAGUAUCGCUUUGGACUUAUGUAAUAGAGAAUAAGAAAAUGUUUAUGAAUCCUUUGUAUCAUGCAGGAGAGCAACGAACUGUUCUCAUAAUGAACUCCUCUAUGACUGUUCUGGAAAUAUGGAAAGAAUACUACGCAAGAUACAAUCCCUACGUAAUAGCGCCAGGUUCCCUUGCUGCUAAACGUUGCGCAAUUGAACGCACCUGUGGCAAAAGAGCACUGAUCGAGGAGCUGCUGCCGAAAAUUGAUUUCCCGUUUAAUCCUUACAUCUAG